CUUCGCCCUUUUCCUUCUCCCUUUCGGCGACCGAGACACGCGAUUGCCGCCAUGGGACACCAGCAGCUCUACUGGAGCCACCCCAGGAAGUUCGGACAGGGAUCGCGCUCCUGCCGCGUCUGCUCCAACCGGCACGGACUCAUCCGCAAGUACGGCCUCAACAUGUGUCGCCAGUGCUUCCGCCAGUACGCCAAGGACAUCGGCUUCAUUAAGUUGGAUUAAAUACCUGUCUACAGAAGUGGUUUGAGGCAACUGGCAAGCUGGAAUAUAUGGCUGGAUGAACUGUUCUUGCUAUCCUUACCAUCAUUGAGAGUUGUCCACUCAGACUCAAAUAUUGUAGUUUCUGUUUGUUAAUGCUGAAGUGUUAAUUAUGUGACAGUCAUAUUUAACACAGCUUGAUAUCUGAAGCUUUUUUGGUUUCCUUUGAUACUUUAAUAAAAAGCAGUCCUCCUCAAAUGUAUUUGAGAAGAAACCA